UCCUCUGUUGCCUACACGCAAAAUAUUUUCCUCUGAAAAUCAAGUUUCUCUCUCUAACUUCAAUUAAAGCUGUUACUUUCCCUCUAUUUUUCUUUCCAUUUCAGCUCGGUUGCGUCUUAGGGUUUCCAAUUCCGGCUAAGGAAGUGUUAUUAAGCUGCAUUUGAUCCACCACUACUUUCUCAUUGCAUCGCAACUCCUAUUCCUGCGCUGUUCUGGAUGCGAUUUGGACGGGAUAAAUGGCUUCGAUUCGGAGAACUUUAUCGCCGUAUAACGAUCGAUCGCACCAGAACGGAGCCAAUACUCCAUUUUCGCCGCAAUCGCCGUCGCAGAAGCAGUUUCCGCAAGGAAAAACGACUUUCUCUCCGGUUCGUAGAUUGGUUGCCGGAGUCUUCUUCCGGAAGCACCAGACUCGGAAGAAUUUUCAGUUUUCCUGGAAUAAAUCGCUUCUUCGGUGCUUCAUGUGUUUCUUCUUAGGGUUUUUGCUCGGCAUGGCGCCGUUCAAUAGCGAUUUUAGUGAAUUACGGCAAGGGGAUUUGAGGAAGAGCGAUUUCUCGAUCGAAUGGAAGCCGGAGGUGGUGAGUGUUCAGAAGAGUGCGGGCGAUUUAGCUUCUAUUGAGAAGUUAAAGGAGAAUGAUCUGUUGGUCGGUGCUAUUGAAUUAGGAGUGCUUGAUAAAACGGAUAUGAAGAAGGUUUUGGAUUUUGUGGCAGGCAAACAAUUGAUUGUGGUGAGUCCAACUUAUAGCAGGGCUAUUCAGGCAUACUAUUUGAAUAGGUUAGGGCAGGUCUUGAGACUGGUCAAACCGCCAGUUUUGUGGAUUGUGGUAGAGAUGAACGAAGCAUCCGUGGAGACUGCUGAGAUGUUGAGGAAUAUGGGCAUUAUGUAUAGACAUUUGGUUUGUAAGAAAAAUAAUACAGAUGUAAAGGAUAGGGGUGUGCACCAGCGGAAUACUGCACUUGAACAUAUAGAGAGGCAUAGGCUCGACGGGUUGGUGUAUUUUGCUGAUGAUGAUAAUAUUUACUCGCUUGAGCUAUUUGAGAGCAUGAGAGAAAUCAGUCGUUUUGGUACUUGGCCCGUUGGCAUGCUGGCCCAAAGCAAAAAUAAAGCAAUACUGGAAGGCCCUGUCUGUAAUGGAAGUCAAGUAAUAGGAUGGCACACAAAUGAGAAGAGUAAAAGACUCCGGAGAUUCCAUGUGGAUAUGGCUGGUUUUGCCUUCAAUAGUAGUAUAUUGUGGGAUCCCAAGAGAUGGCAUCGACCAACUUCAGGUCCUAUCAGGCAGUUAGACACAGUAAAAGAGGGUUUCCAAGAGACAACUUUCAUAGAACAGAUUGUGGAAGAUGAGAGUCAGAUGGAAGGUAUUCCUCUAGGUUGUAACAGGAUAAUGAAUUGGCACCUUCAUCUAGAAGCGCAUGAACUUGCUUAUCCUAAGGGCUGGGUACUGCCGAAGAAUCUUGAUGUAGUUAUUCCUUCCAAGUGAUAUAAUUUGUUCCAAUGGGAUUACACGUCUCAUGUUUGAUCUUUGAGGUGCAUUAUCUGUUGGAGGUGAUUGCUGACUUGAUGAAGCCAAAUCAAUUCGGCACGUCCCCAUUUUAAAGCAGGAGACUUGCCCUCCAAAGGAGACUCGUAACGGGAACUGCAACAGCGCCUACUUCCAUUUAUAAUUUUUUCUUACCUUUGAGAACUCUCUGCUGAAACAACACUCAUUUUUGUGGUAUAGCUUCUGUACGUAUUAAGAGGGCCUGUCGGGGGAGGAUGCACGGUGUUGUGGGUGUGUGAAAUAGGAGUUGGUGAUUGCAGUAAUAUAGGAAUAGCCUCACAUGAGGUGACAGUUUCUUUGUCCAUAUUGUCUGUAGCCCUUUUUAUGGUGUUUUAAUACCAGUCAUAGAGGAAUUUUCGUUUUAUUUAUAGGAGAAGACUCAGUUUACAUUCAAGAUAAUAGAUGAAAGCCAUUUACCAUAUGAUGAAAUUACUUGUUACUCUCCAUACCAUCAAUAAAAUUGAGUCAUUUCUUUUA